UCCCUCUCCUCGCCCGUGCUCCCUCCCUCGCUCCCUCCUCCCGCGCCGCUGCCUCUCGCUCCGAGGGCUCCCGCCGCACUCCAGCCAGUGUGCUCCGCCUGCCUGCCGCCUCGGUGCGGAGCGUGAGCGUGCGCCUACUUCGUACUGGGGAACACAGCCCAUGUGCUCUGCAUGGACCUUACUGAUACUCUGUUUGCCUUGAUUUCCGACACGCAGGCAAGAUGUCCAGCACGCCGCAUGACCCCUUCUAUUCUUCUCCUUUCGGCCCAUUUUAUAGGCGACACACACCAUACAUGGUACAGCCAGAGUACCGAAUCUAUGAGAUGAACAAGAGGCUGCAGUCUCGCACGGAGGAUAGUGACAACCUCUGGUGGGACGCGUUUGCCACUGAAUUUUUUGAAGAUGACGCCACAUUAACCCUUUCAUUUUGUUUGGAAGAUGGACCAAAGCGAUACACCAUUGGCAGGACCCUCAUUCCCCGUUACUUUAGCACUGUGUUCGAAGGCGGGGUGACCGACCUGUAUUACAUUCUCAAACACUCGAAAGAGUCCUACCACAACUCAUCCAUCACGGUGGACUGCGACCAGUGCGCCAUGGUCACCCAGCACGGGAAGCCCAUGUUCACCAAGGUGUGUACAGAAGGCAGGCUGAUCUUGGAGUUCACCUUUGAUGAUCUCAUGAGAAUAAAAACAUGGCACUUUACCAUUAGACAAUAUAGAGAGUUAGUCCCGAGAAGCAUUCUAGCCAUGCAUGCACAAGAUCCUCAGGUCCUGGAUCAGCUGUCCAAAAACAUCACCAGGAUGGGUCUAACGAACUUCACCCUCAACUACCUCAGGUUGUGUGUAAUACUGGAGCCAAUGCAGGAGCUGAUGUCCAGACAUAAAACCUACAACCUCAGUCCCCGAGACUGCCUGAAGACCUGCUUGUUUCAGAAGUGGCAGCGGAUGGUGGCACCGCCAGCAGAACCCACAAGGCAACCAACAACCAAAAGGAGAAAAAGAAAAAAUUCCACCAGCAGCACCUCCAACAGCAGCGCUGGGAACAACGCCAACAGCACGGGCAGCAAAAAGAAGACCCCGGCUGCAAACCUGAGCCUGUCCAGUCAGGUACCUGAUGUGAUGGUGGUAGGAGAGCCAACUCUGAUGGGAGGUGAGUUUGGGGACGAGGACGAAAGGCUAAUCACUAGAUUAGAAAACACGCAGUAUGAUGCGGCCAACGGCAUGGACGACGAAGAGGACUUCAACAAUUCACCCGCCCUGGGGAACAACAGCCCAUGGAACAGUAAACCUCCCGCCACGCAAGAGACCAAAUCAGAAAACCCCCCGCCCCAGGCUUCCCAAUAAGAUGACCCACGGCACCAGAUCCACUGUCGCUAGGCCUGGGGGGUGUCAUUCCAAUCGCAGAUCUUUACUUUCAGGAGCGGAAGGAGGAGAAAUAAAAACUUUUCCAUGCAAAUAUCUAUUUCUAAACCACUUCGAUCUGGUUCUUCUUUCUUUUGCAUUUUUUUUUUUUCCUUUUUUAAUUGAGAGGAUCGUUCCAAAUAAGCUUCCAUGACCCUUCCUUGGAAGGCUUCACGGGAAAUACAGAUACUGGCACUGAUGGUAAUUAAAACGAGAGAAAACGCUAGCGCAUCUCCUGGCACGGUUUUAUCAGCGUGUUUGUGUUGAAUUUCCUUUUCAUGCAUCCAGCGAAGGCCAUGUUGUCCAUGCGUGCUCAGUGCUCAGGAUGUCAUUAAUUUGCCGAACCUAACUGCAGAUGACUUUUUAAUAUUGUAAAAUAUUUUCUGCUUUUUGACUUGCAUUUGAGAGUUUCUUGUUUCAGUAAAAAAAGAAAAGAAAAAAAUCAGCUUUUGGAAAGUAAUUUAAAUGUACCCUUAUUUUUCUUUUCCUUCCCCUCUUUCUCCCACUGGGCAACAGCGAAGAGGGUCCAGCCAGGUAACUUAUGGUCAAGCUGAUGUGGAUUGGUUCUUGAGUCUGAGUUGGUUCGAUUUAGCCCAAGAGCUGAAACAAGAAAUGUCUUGUUAUCAUCAAAGACACCAGGCAGAUUUUUUUUUAUGUAAAGAAAGACAAUUGGACCCUGAGAAAAUGUAUGCGUUUGUAAAGUUGCUGUUGAUCCAAAUAUUUUCAAGCCAUGUAAUCCAUUAAUUUUGUGGGCAGUUUAAUAAAUCUGAAACUUUUUUGUGUUUUUUUAAUUGUAUCUGAGUUUGACUGUUCUUCCUUUUCAUAGUAUAUUUCUUGUAUAAUAUUUUGUAAAGCCCUCACCUGGUUCUUUUAUGGGGACUUUUCAUUUUGGACUAUUCCAGUGUAUUUAUGUGAAACUUUAUAAGAGAACUAAUUUUUCCAUUUGCAUAUUAAUAUGUUCCUCCACACAUGUAAAGACACAGUGGCUCCGUGUGUUAUAAAACAGCUGUAUUUUAUGUAUGCUUUACUGGUAAUGUGCCAAUAAUAAACUGUGUUAAUGACCUAAG